UGAUGCUAAUUCCAGCUGUUAAGUUGCUACUGUAUUAAAAAACUACUCCCUCCGAUCUAUAAUAAGUGUCGAGGAUUUAGUAAAAAGUUGUACUAAGUUUGUACUAAAUCUCCUACACUUACUAUGGCUCGGAGGGAUUUAUUAUGGAUCGGAGGGAGUACUAUUUUCCUGCAUGAUAAACAAAGUUGAAAUAAUUAAUGUAAAAAAUAGGGCCAAGUUUUAUCAAAUGUAUUUCAAGUGUAGUUUCAAAAAUUUCUGCUCAUUGUUCCCUUCACUUUGUUUUUCCUGCCAAAAACUUGUUCUUCCUUUUACAUCUGGGACCUUCGUUUCCAUCAGUGGAACAAUGCAUUAUGCUAUACUUGUCCAGCUGUUACUGAGUUGCUUUAACAAUCGUAAUAAGAAUCUCAUAUUGAAAAACAGAGAGAAGGUACAUAUCAGUCACUGAAAAGCUCUCAUUUGUUUACGAAUAACCUCUUUUUUAUUCGUGAGUGCAGUUUCUUUAAUUCCUAAGAGUAAUUUAUUCCCCGGUCACAUAUAUGUAUAUAAAGGGCAAGCCUAAUGCUACUAGUUAGUGAGAAAGAACAGGUCCUUGUGUGCUAAUUAGGUCUUAGGGCAUCCUUCUUUUGUUUAGUUGAGUUAUACUGAGAAACCAAUUUCUGACUCCUGUCUGUUGUAAAAUAAAGCAAGAAAAGAAAUAGUGGAAGCCCCUGGAUUUUGUAGCCCCGCUCACAAGGACUUCUUUUCAUCCACAAUGAAGCUUAUACCACCACUUGGUCAGUAAGGCCUGAUUCAAAAAAAGAUCAAUCCCCCCCUUCCCUACUUCGAUGGAGUAUCACCUUUUGUACAGAAUACGUGAAAAGCAUUUGAGUCACCUUUGCGCUUGAGAGUUAGAACUAUUGAAACCAUUUUUUUCUGUAGGAAUAUGCAUAAGCUUUAAUUUUGAACUGAACAUCUUGUGCAUGUUCGACAAAUUAUAGUAUCAGCAGUUACCUUCAAUGCGUUUCUAACAGUUUAGAAUAAUUUACUUAAAUGAGAAUAUAUUUUUUUUGUCCCUCGUCAACUGUCACGAAAGUAUACAUUUAGUCCCUUAUAUUUUUCUGUAGAUAUUUCAUCCCCCAGUUGUUAAAACUAGACACUUUUGGUCCCUUGGCCCAUCGAAAACGGUAUUGGUGCUAACAUGGAACGGCUUUGCAUCUGACAUGUCACAUGGCCAUCCCCAGGGGAGCACAUGGGGGCACCACGUCAGUCCUCGGGGUUCAAAUGUGCGUUCACACUGCGGAUCCUAGACGCUGGUGACACCGAGGAGGGGAAGAGGGCCCUGGAGAGUGCCAAGGAAGGCAAGGAGCAGGCGCACGCGAGUGAGAGACGGCAGUGGAGCCAACCAUAUUGCAAGUCGGACGCAAAACCGCUCUACAUUGGCCCCAAUACCGCUUUGGGUGGGUCGAGGGACCAAAAGUAUCCGGUUUCGAUAGCCGAGGGACGAAAUAUCUACGAACAAAACACAAGGGAACCAAUGUAUACUUCCGUGAAAGUUGGGGGACGAAACAUAAUACUUACCUCUACUUAAAAUCGUGGUUUGAUGGACUGUCUUCAUGUGCAAGUAGUAGUAUUUGAGCAAUCAUCUUCAAAGUUCUAACAAACAAGAGGAAUGGGCAAUAUAGCACCAUACGCUGUUUCAUUGCUCAUAAGGUUUAUCUAUGGAGUGAUGCAGAUACUUACCAAAGUUGCUUUUAACCAAGGCACAAGUACAUCUGUCCUUGUUUUCUACAGGCAUGUAGUAGCUACCAUACUCUUAGUGCCAAUUGCUUUUGCAAUUGAAAGGAAAACUGCCCCCCGACUGUCAUACAGAGUCUGUGUGAAGCUAUUUGUGCAUGCAUUAUAUGGGCUGUCUGCUUCUAUUAACAUAUCAUCUAUUGGCCUCAACUAUGCUUCAGCAACAUCUGCUUCUGCAGUACUAAAUCUCUUGCCGGUUUUAACUUUCUUUUUGGCUCUUAUGUUGGGGAUGGAGUCUCUGAAGUUAAAGAGGUUCCAUGGGAUUGUGAAAGUUUCUGGCAUAGUGCUAUGUGCUGUUGGUGUUACUGUACUAGCAUUAUACCAAGGACCUGAGCUGAAAUCUUUCAUCCAUCACCCCCUUUUUCAUCACAUAAGUAGAGUUGAUGCUCAUCCCUCAAGGAAUUGGAUAUUGGGAAUUCUCUUGCAGUCUCUUGCAACUGCAAUGUUUGCUCUUUGGACGGUGCUUCAGGGCCCUGUACUGGAGGAGUAUCCAUCAAUGCUGCUUAACACAACAAUUCAGGUUGUGUUUGCAACUGUUCAAAGUUUUUUUACGGCUCUAGUGAUGGAGAGAGACUUUUCAAGAUGGAAGCUGCGCUUGGAUGUAGGUCUUGUCGCAAUCAUCUAUUGUGGAAUAGUAGUUUCUGCAUUUGUAAACUACCUGCAAAUCUGGGUAAUUGACAAGAGUGGUCCAGUAUUCCUGUCCAUGACAGUACCCUUAACUCUGGUUAUCACAGCCAUCCUGUCACUUCUCAUAGGGGAAGCAGUCACCCUGGGAAGUGUAAUAAGUGGAGCGCUGAUGGUUGGUGGUCUGUACAAUGUCCUCUGGGGGAAAAGAAUAGAGCAAGUAGCUACCAGCAAGCAAGGAGGUCGUGGAGAAAAUGCAGCAUGCUUUGAUUUGGAGGAACAAGAACGAGCAGCUCCAGUUCUAGCAACGCAAGAUUCGAUCAAGACAGUACCAGAUAUGAAAGAGCUGAAACUUUGAGCAGCAAGCUCUGUCAUUAGGUGUACUUUCGCUCCUCGUCUGCUGACUGGAAGCUGCUCCAUUUCUGUAGACUGUUUGCUUGGCAGUCAACCAUAGCAGCUUAACUGCUUGUUCGGUUUUUGCAUGUGCAAUGUUAUCCAAGGGGCCCUUCCACAAACUGGAGGUUUGAUGCAAUAGUGCAAAUUGUGCACCAAUGUUCAUUAAAAGGGAAUCACGAUCUCCCAAACUGAAACGGAUAAGAGUAUUAUAUGUGAUUCCCCCACUAUGGACGGUCGAUAUCACCCUGGUGUAUGCAUGCGUCAGAACAAAUGCCAAAUGUCUUCUUGUCCA